AUGCCCGCAUCCAAGAGCGUGAAGUUGAGCACGGGGGCUGAGAUGCCCACUCUAGGAUUGGGUACGUGGAGGUCAAAGCCAGGCGAGGUCGAGAGGGCAGUGGAGCACGCGCUCAAGAGGGGGUACCGCCAUAUCGACACUGCGACUGGAUACGCGAAUGAGAAGGAGGUCGGGCUCGGCAUUAAGGCUUCGGGGGUCCCGCGCGAAGAGAUCUUCCUCACCACGAAGCUGAAUAACCCGGACCACACCCGCGUCGCGGCCGCGCUCCAGUACUCGCUCGCCCAGCUCGACACCCCGUACCUCGACCUCUGGCUCAUGCACUGGCCGGCGCCGAUGAAGGACGGCGGCCCGGACCGCUCGCGCGACUGGCGCGACACCUGGCGCGACAUGGAGGCUGCGUUCAAGGCGAACGAGGGGAAGGUGAAGGCGAUUGGGGUGUCGAACUUUUCGGUGCAGUACCUGCGGGAGCUCCUCAAGUUCGCGACCGUCGUCCCGGCGGUGAACCAGAUCGAGGCCCACCCGUCGUGCAUGCAGGAAGAUAUCGUGGAGGAGUGCCGGAAGCAUGGGAUUGUGGUCACUGCGUACUCGCCGCUUGGGUCGGAUGGUGCGCCGCUGCGAGAGGAUCCGGUCGUGCAGAAGCUGGCCGCACAGUACGGGGUUGCGGAGUCGAACAUCCUCGUUUCACUUCAAGCGAACCGUCCAGGUGUCGUCGUCAUCCCCAAGUCGGUGACUCUGAGCCGCAUCGACGAGAACAUGAAGAUUGUGGACUUGUCUGAGGAGGAUGUGAAGGAGCUGACGGCCAUCGAGAAGGAGAAGCACCUCCGCGUAUGCAAGCCUUACUGGACGGGUUGGGGUAACAUUGGUUUCCCGGACCUUGAGUAA